GUUCAGACCGUAAUGUAUCUCAUUUUCUUUGGUGAGUCUUCAGUUUAUUAACAAUUUACAUUUUGAAUAAAGAACUACAUAUCAAACAAAUAAUCAGGUACCAAUAAUAAUAAAUCGGGGUUCCGUAGGGUUUGAUUUUAUCUCACCAUGGACCACUGGCCAAAAGAUGUCGGAAUAUGCGCCAUUCACGUCGUCGUACCAUCGUUGUACGUCGAUCAAACCGAUUUGGAACGAUACGACCGAGUGUCCGAGGGGAAAUACACCGUCGGCCUGGGCCAAAAGCAAAUGGGGUUCUGCACGGACCUGGAAGACGUGAACUCGCUGUGUCUGACGGCAGUCAGUCAGCUCGUCGAGAACAACGGCCUCAGCUACACGGACAUCGGUCGCCUAGAGGUGGGCACCGAGACCAUAAUCGACAAGUCGAAGAGCGUGAAAACGGUGUUGAUGAAGCUGUUCGAGGCAAGCGGCAAUUUCCAGGUGGAGGGCAUCGAUACGACGAACGCCUGUUACGGCGGCACGGCCUCGCUGUUCAACGCCCUGUCGUGGAUAGAGUCGAGCGCGUGGGACGGCAGGCUGGCCGUGGUGGUCGCGGCCGACAUCGCGGUCUACGCCAAGGGCAACGCGCGUCCGACGGGCGGCGCCGGUGCUGUCGCGAUGUUGAUCGGCCCGGGAGCCUCGCUGGUGAUCGAUCGGGGCUUGCGGGGCACGUACAUGAACCACGCGUACGAUUUUUACAAGCCAGACCUGUCGUCCGAGUACCCGGUGGUGGACGGCAAGCUGUCGGUCGACUGUUACCUGAACGCCCUGGACCGGUGCUAUGAAUCCUAUCUGAGCAAGUGCCACGGCGGCGAUGCGGGCCUGGACCGGUUCGAUUCGUUCGUGUUCCACGCGCCGUACUGCAAACUGGUGCGCAAAUCCCUGGCCCGGUUGUACAUGAACGAUUUCGUCAACUGCGUCGGCGCGAAGGACGAGAACCGUAAGCAUCAGGACUACUGGGCCUACGUCGAGAAGACGUUCGUGGAGCUCAGCAGGACAGUUUUCCAGGACAAGACCGAGCCGUCGCUGUUGCUGGCGUCGCGCGUCGGCAACACGUACACCGCGUCCGUGUACAGUGGACUGGCGUCGUAUCUGUUGUCGGUGCCGCCUGAACGUCUGCCCGGCAAGAGGAUCGGCGUGUUCUCCUACGGUUCCGGUCUGGCGUCGUCCAUGUUCUCGAUCAGAGUGGUGGACAACGGUAAGUUGUCGGGUCUGAUCGAUAACCUGAAGAAGGGCGUCGGCCGUCUGGAUGAACGGACGCGCCUCGCGCCCGAACAGUUUGAGGACGUGCUGGACGUCAGGCAGAAGUCCCUGCACCAAGCCCCCUACGUGCCGACUGGCGACAGGGGACAGCUAUUUCCGGGCACGUGGUUCUUGUCCGGUAUCGACGAAAUGCACAGACGGUAUUACGAGAGAAAUGAAUAGACGUUGUCGUAACAUGUCUAUACGAGGUGAUUGACACAAUAGCGAGCCCCAUUUUUUCAUAUUUUAAUAAUGACAUUUUAAAUGUUAUUAAAGACCAUAAUUUUAAUUUCUUGAGCUUUGUUUUUGCUACUUACCCGGGACUCUAGAAAUGUUCUGUGUUUUCAAAUUAUAACCUAUAAUUGUUUCAUAUGUUGAUGUAGAUUCCAAAUUCCAAAUUCAAGCAAGUAGAUUCUCAGUAAUACUAAAAUGUUUAUUCUAAAGAGUAAAGAUGAUAAUUUAUUCCUUAAAAAUGGUUUACAAUAAAUGUAAUUUUUGAAAAAAAUUAUGCAGUUUAUAAUCACCCUUGGCUUUUUAAUUUGUUUCGCUAAAAUGGUAUGUUUUUUUUAUUGCGUAUUUAUGUACAAGUAGGCACGCCGUGGCCGCGUACGCUCAAUACAAGGCAUAUCGUUGAAAUUUUAAUAACUAUAACUUCUAAACUAUGUCCGAGUGAAUAAUUCUGGUAGCUGAAUUCCAAUGUUCAAACACAAAUAAAAAUAUUCACUAGAAUCUAGUAUUUAUUAUACUUCGAUCAUUUUCAUAAUAUCAUAUCUUCUAAACCCAUUAUCGUAGACAUAUUACCCUAUAAUACACGAAGACGAAAUUAGUAUAUAACUUAAAAAGUUCUCGUUUAAAUUUUGAUUUUGAAACUUCAAUAUAGUUUUCUGAAAAAUUGUGCUCCAGCUUGUUUUAUUUUAGCUCUAGUACCUUUAUCAAUAAAUAAUCUGUUUCAUCUUAAGCUAUUUUAUAGUUUCAUUACCUAUCCUUAACGUAUGUUAAAUGGUUACGCCCCGUUUGUCAUUUCGUAUAAAAUAUUACAAAUGAAUAAAAGUAAUUCGUUACCUAAGUAAUUUGCAGCAGUAAAGAGAGUUCUUAUUUGAAAAACACAGAAUUUUGUAUCUCCAGUCUCCACAGAAGAAACCUUAAGUGGUACAAAAUAUCUCAAUUAUUAGAAAAUAUGAUCUUUGAGUUUAUUUAUAAGAAUUCCGAAAAUCGGAUUCUGAAAUAAGUACAUUAUUGAAGAAAAAAAAGGGUCAAUCACUUUGUAUUGUAUACUCAUAAUUUGUAAAACUGCAGUAUAUCGAGUAAAUGAUGAUUGGUAUUGGUACUUUUUAAAAUGUGUAAUUAAUUUUAAUUAUAAAUGUUAUUGCCUUAUCGGAUACUGGUUUCAAUAUUGCAAUAGUUUUUAAAUUUUUUUAAACAUAUAUUAGGUAUAUGCACGUAUUACGUAUAUAAUAUGACGUGUUA